AUGCUGUGGUAAAAACACAAUGAUACUGUAUUAUAAAACAAUACUAAUUCUCGUAGCGUGGAAUUCGAUAACGUCCGCUCAAAUCGACGUUGUUCGUGAUACCACGCUCGGGAAAAUCAGAGGCAAAUCAACGUUAAUUUCGGAAACAUAUUUAGGAAUCCCAUACGCUUCCCCACCUGUGGGGAAAUUAAGAUGGCAACCCCCUCAACCUCACCCCAGCUGGAGCGACACAGGAGAAGCAAGAAACGCAACAAAGAUGGCAUCGUACUGUCCUCAACCAUCAUACGGCGGUUCCGCACUUUCUGGGGAUGAAGAUUGUCUGUAUAUGAAUAUAUACGUGCCAAAAACGUCAACCCCGGACUAUUAUCCCGUGAUGGUCUUCGUUCAUGGGGGUGGAUUUGUAAUUGGUUCUGCCAAUGGUUAUGAUGGAACUAUACUUGCUUCUGUAAAUAAUGUUAUCGUGGUCGUCUUCAAUUAUAGAUUAGGAGCAUUAGGAUUUUUGAGCACAGGUGACAAUCAAUUAACUGGCAAUUAUGGAAUGCUGGACCAACUUGCCGCCUUCCAAUGGGUUCAAGAUAACAUUCAAAACUUCGGCGGAGACAAAAAUCGAGUCACUAUUUUCGGGAAUUCAGCUGGAUCUGCGGCUGUUCUUUAUCAUGCUAUAUCACCAAUUUACAAUGAAGAAAAUAAACUUUUUCAUAGGGUAAUUUCUGAGAGUGGAACACCAUUAGCGUGGUGGGCCUUCAACUCUGACCCUCGUUACCACGCUGAAAAACUAAUGAGAAAUGCUGGUUGCCCAACAUUUUCAACUGCUAUCGGAGUUCAGUGUCUACGUGAACUAAGUUUUGAGGACAUUUUUGAAUCGCAAGGAUCCUACCCAGAAUGGUUGAGCCUGGGUAUAGAACCACCUUGGGUCCCAACCUCAGAUGGGACAUUCAUAACGGAUGUCCCUGACGUCAUGGUCAUGUCUCAAGAUUUUGUUAAUGACGUAAAAGGGAGGUACGACUUUAUGAAUGGUGUAAAUGAUUUUGAUUCUGUCGCCGACCUCAAUUCGGUUCGAACAAUAAAAAAUGAAGAAGAUUUUAAGAAACUUAUGAAUGCUUUCUUCAAACAAUUCUUUGAAGAACCAGCUAAGAUGACAGAGGUAGUCUUGUACAACUAUAUUGAUCAGACAAAGUAUCCAACAACAGGUCAUGAAUGGCAGCUGAUAUAUUUGAAUGUUACCCGGGAUAUAUAUUUCCUUGCUCCGAGUUUAAAUAUGUCAAAUAUCGCAGUUGAUAGGUUUGAGUCGAAUGUUUACCAAUAUUAUUUCACGCAGCCUCCAAGCGAUGCCAUGAUAGCAGCAAACAUUGCCUUUCCGCGAGGUGAUCCAGUACUUGCAAGGGGGGCAAGGCACUCUGAGGAACUAGCGUAUGUGUUUGGUUUACCGUUUGUUAUAAAUGCAACUCAGCAAGAUCGAGAUAUAAGUUCUGCUGUCAUGACGUAUUGGACAAAUUUUGCAAAAACUGGUGAUCCCAACCUUGGAGAACCCAUACCAACACAGUGGCCGAAAUAUAGUACGAGUCGUCAAGAGUAUUUAACCAUCGGUAUGAAGGAUCCCGAUGUUAAUUUUACUCGAGUUCAAGAUCAUCUAGAAUCUGAUAAAGUUGUUUUGUGGGCUCAAGAACUUCCAUUGUACGGACAAGGAAAAGGAUUGAAUGAUGCUAUCGCUCGUCCCGAUCCUCUGCCAUCAAAUGAAACAGUCUCAGAACAAGUUCAACCUAUCGUUGAAACAAACAAAGGAAAGAUCCAAGGACUUCGCAUUAGAACAGAGGAUUAUAUCACAGAUAGAUUCAUGAGGAUUCCUUAUGCUAAACCUCCCGUUGGAAAAUUGAGAUUCAUGCGUCCAGAACCUCACCCUGGAUGGGAUGGAAUUUUGAAAGCAGAUGGAGAAAUCUCUGGAAUUGAGUGGCUCAAUGGUUGCGCUAUGAUCACAGCAGCUAGGAAUGGAACUUGGGGAAAAGAAGAUUGCUUGUUUCUCAAUAUUUGGGUUCCAGGUGGAAUAAAUGCCACCAGAGAUCGACUUUUACCAGUCAUAGUUUGGAUAUACGGAGGAGCUUUUACAGUAGGAAGAUCUACUGGUCCAGUGUUCGCUUACAAUUUAGAAAAAAUAUCCAAUCAAGGACAAGUUAUUGGUGUUUCACUGAACUACAGACUUGGAGCUCUUGGUUUUCUCAGCACACAAGAUGAAAAUGCUCCAGGAAACGCAGGAUUGUUAGAUCAGGUUGCUGCUUUGCAAUGGAUCCAAGAUAAUAUUGCUAACUUUGGUGGAGAUCCUCAACAAGUUACUAUAUUCGGUGAAUCUGCGGGAGCUGCUUCUGUAUCCUACCACAUGAUGUCACCAGUGAGCACAAAUCUGUUUUCUCGUGGAAUCGCUCAGAGUGGAGUUGUUCCAGCACAAUGGACUUUGAUUAGAAAUCCUUCAUAUUAUGCUCGAAAACUUUCUGAAAUUCUCGGAUGUCCAACAGAUAAUAACCAAUUACUCGUGAAAUGCCUGCAGAAUAAACCAUUGAAUGACGUAGUGGUGGCAAGUGAAUUAGAGGGUGCACUUGAACAUGGGGGUUGGGCUGGAGUUGUGGACGGAUAUUUUAUACCUGAAGACCCAAUCAAUACUCUCCAGGGGUCAAAAGAUAAAGAUUUCUUACUCGGGCAUAACAGCAUGGAUGGACAUAUGUUUGCCACACUCCAUUUUCCAACUAUAAACAUCGGAAGUUUCCCAAUGUCUCGUGAUGAUGUAAGAAUGGCAACCACAAAACUUGCACUUAAUAUACCAGAUCAUGUUGCAGAGGCGAUUGCAUUCAAAUAUAUUAACUGGGAAGAACCAGCCACAGACACAUUAUGGCCGAAACUUGCCAUCGUUGACAUGUACACUGACUCAAUGUUCGCCACCCCAACUUAUUGGACAGCAAAUGAAAGAUUGUUAGCUAAUGGCACUGGCAGAACAUACAUGUAUAGAUUCAGUGAAAAAUCGAAUAUACCAAUCUGGCCAGAAUGGAUGGAGGCUGAUCACACAGGGGAAUUGGAAUAUGUAUUUGGACAUGAUUAUAGGCACAGAAACUUCACCGACGAAGAGUUAACACUAAGCAAAUCUAUCAUGACUUAUUGGACUAAUUUUGCUUGGAGUGGAAAUCCCAAUUAUCCAAACCAAGGCGACAUAUUUGCAGAAUGGCCUGAAUUUACUUCUGAUACAAAAUAUGCUCUUGAACUCAAUUCCAGCACUGCAUCUGAACCAGAAAAAUAUACUCCUAUUUUAAGUAAUUACAGAGGAGAGAUCGUAGAAUUCUGGACAGAUUUAUUAAAAGAUAUUUGGACUCUUCCACUUGGUCCAUGUCCAGCUGAUGGAUCAAGAUCUAAGAUUCCUAAUUCAGUUACAAAUAAAGAAAAACUUAAUACUAAGGCUCAGCUCAAAGCAGUAACAUGUCCACCAGAUCCUCUUAUACGAGCUACAGAAAGUGGAUGCGUACAAGGAUAUGAAUAUGAGUCUAAUGGGAAGAUAAUUGAAAGAUAUCUUGGGAUUCCUUAUGCUGAACCUCCAAUAGGAAACUUGCGAUUUUCAAAACCACAAAAACCUGUUGGAUGGUCUGACAAUCUCAAUGCAACGAGUUAUCAAAAAAUUUGUCCACAAAAUUCAGUUUUGGAUGAAACGAUGAGCGAGGAUUGUUUGUAUUUAUGCGUAUAUGUUCCUCAAGUCAAUGUUACUGCUGAUACGACAGCAGGGUUGCCAGUUAUGAUCUGGAUUCAUGGUGGUGGAUAUCAAAAUGGUAACGGAAUGGAAAAAUUGAAAGGUGACACCCUCGCAGCACUUGGUGACGUUAUUGUGAUUAAUUUCAACUACAGACUUGGAAGUUUUGGAUUCUUAACAACUGACGAUGAAUAUUCUCGAGGAAAUUAUGGAUUAUUCGAUCAACAAAUGGCUUUGAACUGGGUGAAAGAUAACAUUGGAAAUUUUGGUGGAAAUCCAGAUAAAAUCACAAUAUUUGGGAACUCAGCAGGAGGUCAGAGUGUUUUGCUUCAAUCACUGAGUCCAACUAACGAUGAUCUAGGAAUAAGUAAAGCGAUUAUUGAAAGUUCUUCGAUUCUUCCGUAUGAUGACAUGAAACAACUCGAUAAAACUGUUAGCUUAGCACAAGCCGCUUCUUGUGACGUCAAUUCUGGAAAUGAUGUCAUAGUCAAUUGUUUACGUAAUCUUGACGCAGCAUCGUUGCUGACUUUUCAGUCUUCCACAGGACUAAGUUAUCUUCCAACAAUUGAUGGAGAAUUUAUUCCAAUUCAUCCACGAGAACUUGCCACUGAAGAUCGAGUCAAAAAUUGGAAUUACAUUAUUGGUGCAAACAAUGGAGAUGGGAGUGUAAGAUGGGGUGAUGUACAAACUGUUAAUAAUGAAGAGAAAUUCCAUGAAGUCAUCAAUAAAUGGUUGGAAGCAACUUAUGGUUGGAGAACAAAUUUAAUAGAUCAACAAUAUGCUGAUUACGAUGAUUUAAAUUUCUUUCAAGAUAAACAGAAAAUGCAAAUUCAUUUAACGAAUUUAUUUGGUCAAGAACGAUACAUCGGUCAAGCGUUACAAAUUGCAGAUGAUUAUGUCCAACUCGGAGCCGAAGUUUAUUUUUAUUAUUUCACGUAUCCCCAUGACAGGCCAGAUUUUUAUGGAUUUCCGUCAUGGGCUGGCGCAGCUCAUUCAGCUGAGUUUUCUUUUGUAUUUGGUGAUGUCAUCAAUGAUGUCACACAACCAGAAGAAGUUAAAGAUUUGAGCAGAAAAAUAAUUCAGUAUUGGAGCAAUUUUGCUAAGUCAGGGAAUCCUAAUACAGGAUAUUCUGUUGACCCUGACCCGGAAGUAAAUUGGGCAGACUACAAGGGGUCACGACCUACAUUUUCAGCGAAGAAUUACAUUCAACUUGAUCUUGGUAACAAAACAAUGAUGUUGCAAAAUUUACUUCCGACUGAAAAUGCUUUCUGGAAUGAACAUUUGAUCGCUGAAGCUGAAUUCUGCGAAAUUGAAAUUGUGGAAACAACAACUCCUACCCCUCCUGUAACUGACCCGGACAAUCCUUUAGUAAUGACGAGUGGAGGAAGAAUUCGUGGAAUGAGAAUGAAGAAUGAAAUGUAUGACGUUCAUGUUUUUCUUGGAAUUCCAUUUGCAAAACCACCGGUUGGAAACAGAAGAUUUGCUAAAUCAGAGAAAGCUGAUCCAUGGACAAACAUACUUGAAGCAAAUCUUCCAAAACCUCCUUGUCUUCAAACAACAUCUGAUGGAAAUAUUGUCGGUGAUGAAGAUUGUCUUUAUCUGGAUGUUUUUAUGCCUACAGGAUUGAUCGGAACAAAUACGACUUCGACACCUGUGAUGAUGUGGAUUCAUGGUGAUGCUAACGGAGAAGAUCCCGGAAAAUAUGUUGGCAGUUUUUGGAGUGGUGGAGGGAGUCCAGGGUGGAACUCUGGAUACAACACCUUAGAUCCAUCAUACAUUUCAAGUUUCGGAGGAGUCGUGAUAAUUCGGCCAAGUUUUAGACUCGGAGCGCUCGGAUUUUUAACAACUGAAAAUGACGUAAUGAAGGGAAAUUACGGACUUUCUGAUCUCCAACAAGCGUUGCUAUGGGCAACAGAAAACGCAGGAAAUUUUGCCGGAGAUUCUGAAAAAUUGACGAUGAUUGGACAAGGAUCCGGAAGUGCAGCAGCAGAGUUAUUGGCGAUAUUACCAUCUACAAGAUCCCACGUAAAAAGAUCGAUCAGUCAAAGUGGAUCGAUAUUCUCACCCUGGGUUUUCUGUAAUCCAGAUCAAUGUAGAAACAUCGCUAAAUCAGUGGCAGAAUCAAGCAAUUGCGGAAACUUUGAAAACGAGUCUGAAACAUUAGAUUGCUUACGUAAUCUGGACGCAAAUAAUAUCGUCCAAUCAAUGCCCUUGAAACCAAUGACAUCAAACUCUGAUGACAUCAGCAAUGCAUGGGGCACUUGGAGAUUUACAAUUGAUGAUGACAUCAUUCCAAAUGACGUCAAUAUGACACAAUUACUCUCUGAAUCAGAGAUUGAUUUUAUGACUGGAACAACGAGUCACGAAUUCUUCAGAUAUUUGAAGGCUGCAUAUCCAGAUUCAGUAGGCAGAUCACAAUCAGAAAGCACUUUUCUUCAAACUGCUAUAAAAGACACAUAUCGAUUUCUGAUUGGUGGAGAAAUUGACCAAUGGUCUCCUGAGUUAUACAACACACUUACACACGAAUAUACAAACUGGGAUGAAACAGAAAAUGUUGAAUUUGAAUCUUCAGUCAAAUAUUUUACUGAUUUCAUGUUUGCUGUUGAUUCAUCAAAAAGUUUGGAAGCAAAAUUGGAGUCAGGAAUUGGAUCUCUCUACCAAUAUGUUCUUAUUCGACCUCUUGCAUUAUCUAACACUUCAUCGUUACCUACAUGGCUUGGAGGACGUCAUGGUGAUGACGUCAUAUACACGUUUGGUUUACCCUUCACACAACCUUCGAAGUUUUCGGACAGUGACAGAGAAUUCAGUUUGGCAAUAAUGGGAUAUUGGACUAAUUUUGCGUGGGGAGGAAACCCAAACAACGCAUUUUCAUCAAACACUUGGACAGAAUAUACAAAUGAAAGAAAAUCGUAUUUGGAAAUGAAUUCAAAUGUUAUUCAGCCAUUGAACAAUCCAACUGAUUAUAACAUCGAAAAAAAUAAUCUAUGGAGCCAGGUUGUUUCUCAGUUUCCUAAAGGUCUCGUUUCGACAACAACUCCUGUGCCUGUUUCGUCAACAACAGUCUCCAGUAUUUCCCAAUCUACAUGUCCGAGCGCGAUUUCUCCAAUUGGAGAAGGUCUCGGACUUUCUUUGACGCCUUCUGAAGCCGAUACUGCAAUUUAUAUCAUGUUUAGUUUCUGUCUUGUACUUGGAUUUAUACUGAUCGUGUUCCUUUUAUUGUGGGCGUGGCAAGGGCGUAUCAUCAAAUCAAAAAACGCCAAAAUCAUAAAGAGAAAUUUGAUGUUCCAAAAUGAACUUUUUGACAACAACACGGUUAAAAAGGCCGAAGAAACUGUUUCUGCUCUUUAGUAUGUCACGUAGUGAAGCGAAGAAGUGAAAAUUAUCUUUAACUAAUCGUAGCCUACCUAAGCUCCAUACUUACCGAUUAAAACUGAGAUUAUGUCUAUACACUGUAAAUAUCCUUUUUUGAAUUACAAUAUAAUUAUAGUUGAGAGUUCAUCCACACUUUUUCUACUCAUCCAUUACAUCUUUAUUUAAAUUUCUCUUUUUUAAUGAACAUCGUUUCUGAUUAGUUGAAUGUCACCAUUCUAAAUCUUUGCUAAUUGCAUCAUCAAAAUAAAUUAUCUACAGAUAGUGACAAGGUGAUUAUCGAAUUGCAUAUAUAUAAUGUCGAAUUCAACUUCUGCGUGCUAGGUCAAAGGUUACAGAAAUGGAACCUAUCAGCUUACCAGGAAAACUUUGCACCGUCGUUUGAAAAUUUGCUGAAAACAAGGUCGCGCGCACUUUUAAGGGGGUGAUAUCCGAGAAAAGAUUACGGGCGACCGAAGAGCUCUUUCAUGUUUAACGUCUAUUUUCGCAAAAAGUCCUUGUUUGCGAAGGCAUUUCCGCAAUGGGUUUUCGAAUAAAUGUAGCAUUAAUAGAAGAGUUUAUUAAAUUGGCUUCCGAGGAAAUAGUCUGUUCAGGGUGGCGGACUCCACCUUGAAACAUGAGGAAGUGAAGUUGUUCAAUUCUGAAUGCUUCAAUUACCCGUCGACAUCACCCGAGCCAAAAUGCUCGUGGCACAGAUAAACUGGUCGAUUCAUGUUUGUUCGGGUUGAUUUAAUCUCAUUUGAUGAUCGCCUUAAUAAGCCGCUGACUUCAUUUCCUGGUCUGUGGAUUGCUUCUUGAGUUUGAUAUUUUGAUAGCGGCCUAUUGAAACCAAACUUUUGUUGGAAGUUUCGAUCAUUAUUUUUUUAUGAACAUUUGCAAACGAAUCACACUUAUAUAAGUGCGGAGUUUCCUCAGCAAGUUGAUAGCUACCUUUUCCGUAACCUUUGACCUCCUACCAUUCUAAAGUAAAAUUGGGAAGUUUUUAUUAAACGCUAGUUUGGAUUUUGACGAAUACCAGUGAUUGACUGGCACUCAAAUGAUUGAAACAGCAAUAAACGACUACACCGACGAGUACCAUAUAUAUACUAUAUUCGACAUGUGAUUUGUAGUCUCUGUACAGUGUAAAAGUACAAGGCCAAUAAACAGACCCGAUAUUGAAAAAAUGAUUAUUCCUGCAAAUACCCAAGUUACCUUGUGCGAGUUUAUUGUAAUUGGCAAUAUUCUGCUACAUUUCAUUAUAACAAAUAAAUUGUUAACGUGAAUGAAAUAAAAAAUGAAAGCGAAUAAAAUGAAAUUUAUUUUUCGACGCAAAAUCUAAUUCGUGGUAUAUGUUCAGCCG